AUGAAAAGUAUUCGCUCUCCACGAAGUGUCCGAAUUUGUCCGGACCAGACGCUCAAACUAGGCGACCAGGCCAUCACUGUGACGGACGUCAAGUGGCUGGAUCAGAAUCGAACAGUAUACCGGCUGGAAAUUGAACCAGUCAACGACCUUCCACCAGCCGUUGUUGUUAAACAACAAAAAGAAGGAUGGUCUAACGAGUUCGAGAAAGAAGAAGCUUAUGGGAGGUUGAAAGACCUUCAAGGGGACAUGAUUCCUCAAUGUUUCGGCCUGGGUUAUUUCGAUGGGAUCCGGGCACUGGUCUUCUCGGAGGUUGUCGGCACCACUCUGCUUGAUCUCGCUCGCAGUAAGAAGCCUGUCGAUGAGGAAAACAUGAAGGAUAAACUCACGGCAGUGUUCAAAUCUUUAUCCACCCGCGGAGCCAUAUAUUGGGAUCAAAAGUUGGAUAAUUUCAUGUACUGCGACAACGGAGGAUCUGACGCAAGUAAAGUGAUGGUUCUCGAUUUUGAGCAAGUCGAGUUUCCUACUUCAUUUCCCCCCUGGAAACUGGGCGUAAACAAUGAGGGCGCGCGAACUUUGAUGGAGGACUUCAGAGACAUUCGGGACCGAUAUCAUGGAACCUCGCCUGCUAGGCCUUGGGAACUUGAAGCCGACAGCCGCGACGAAGAGAACAUGUCGAGGACAAUCCAGUCAAGUGUGAUACCACAGUCAAUGAAUUCGGGAAGCAUCGAGGCCCUAUAG